CGCGGGACUCGUGACCGCUCUCCCACAUCCUGGCGCGCGCGCGCGUUUCGCAAAAAGGUGAAGGUGCACGCGUGUGCGCGUGUGUACAUGUGUGUGCGUGUGUCGUGAACAGUGCACGUUCCUCUUUCAAUUUUCAAGAAAGAAAUCAUAAAUAUUUAUCGCGCCAUAAAUAUUUACCGCGACGCCGCCGAGUACUUGUCGAAAGCGGAACGGGGGAAGAAAACGUGUACAGCGACGGACGGAAUGGUUGUGACACUUUUUCUUUAAUGAGUUUAGGCACGUGCACCUAGAUCGAGGGUUACGUCCCAAAAUCUUCUUCUCCGAGGGGCGUUUCACUCGACGGCCGAAACCAUUUUCAGCGUUUCCGAUCUAUUUCUCGAGUUCCUAGGCUCAUUGAGAAAAAAAAGUGCUGCAACCAGGACUUCUGUCCGUCAGGGAGCACCUACGUAGCUUCCCCUCGUCUCGCGAGAAUUAGGGAACCGGGUGGUUCACGCGGGUCAUUUUACCAAGGGCCAGUUUCACGAACGUCGGUCAACUGCUAACCGUAGAGGCGGCUGCGAGAUGAAACGCACGCCGAGAGACUCUCGUGAACUGCGACCCCGACGCGGAAGGUCUCCGCCUGGCUGCUCCGAAAUAAACGGCGCGGCUGCCUGAGAGCCGUCGAUCUUCCCCGCGAUCCUUCGGCCGGGUUCAAGCGAAUGUUAUUCGCGCGGAUAAAUGGAGAACCGCGGAGUAUCGUUGCGCCGUGAUUCACGCGGUCCAUCGCCGACGUGACGGCGCGGCGCUCGUCGAGAGCCAUCGAUCAUCCUCGGGAUCGAAGCCGCGAGUGAAUUCGUAACCGGACGUGCCCGAGCGGUGUCGCAAUUGGACUUUCCAUCCGAGUGGCCUUGCUACGAACAAGGAAAGAUCGGCGACGAUCCUCGAGCCCGUCUCCCUCCGGGGCCGGAGUGCACGAGACCGAGCCGCGGGGCGGCGGGAGGCGUAAGAAACCGUCCAGGUGAUAGCCGGUCGAUCGAUAGCGCGGACGUACGCUUCCGCGAUCGAUAUCCCCGGGGAGAGGUUGCACACCGGUGCGUUGCACCCGUUGCGCAACGAGAACGUCGCCGUCCUCGUCGACGACGAUGGGGCUGUUGAUGACAACGGCGGCGCGAUCGGCGCGCCCGCGCGAUUACGUCGAGCGCAACGCCAGGGCGACCGGCCGCUUCCGGUAGCCCGACGCGCCUGGAAGAGCAGCCCGAGGGACGGACCGGCGGCGUUCGCGAUCACGCGAGAGCUGAGAGCUAAUCAAUGGCGCCCGAUAAUUUGACGCUGCCCACGCACGAGCGUGCGACAUCCACGGUGGAGAACCGAUCGUGACGAGACGUCACCGGCAUUAUCGCGCUGCGCCCGCCGUCCGUGUCGAAUACACCUGACGUGUUGUUGUGCCCACCUGACGCGGUUUCCUCCUCCCUCGUCGUACAUCGAUCGAGAAUCGCGAGUUCCCGCCGCGAAUCGGUGCACAAGCGACGUUCCGCCGUGCCGCGCCGUGGAAGGAACGCAAAUAAUUCGCGAUGCUGCCGAAGAAAGACAGUCAGACGGAGCCGUACGCUCUCGAAGACAUGAUAUCGGAUCUCCAGGCGAGGAGGCACUCGCUGGACCACGAGGACCUCGCGCAGGACCCCGCCGAGCUGCUGAAGCAGCGCGAGAGGGACCUCGUCCUGGCGGCCGAGCUCGGCAAGGCUCUCCUCGAGAGGAAUCAGGAGUUGACGAAGCAGGCCGAGGCCUUGGCCGAGGAGUACUCCGCCAAAUUGGAAAGUUUGGAGCAGGAGAGGCACCUGCUGCGAAGGAGACUCGAGGAAGCCAGGGAUGAGAGCGAGGCGAGGGCCUUGGAGCUCCAAGCUGAUGUGGAGACUCUCAGGAGUCAGUUGGAGGAGCAAAGUGAGAGAGCGAGAAGGGCGGAACGCGACCAAGCCACCCUCGUGGCCGAGUUGACGGCGCAGAACACGAGGCUGGCCGAUCAGCUGAGGGAGGCUGCCAAGCAGGAAGAGCAGUUGCUCGUGGAGGUGAAAGUGCUGAGGGAGAAAUGCGCUCUCAGGAACACCACCCUGCAGGAUCACGUCAGCAGUCUGGAGAUUCUCAGGGAUGAGGUACAACUGGUAUCCGCACAAAGGACGGAGCUAGAGAGGCGGUCCUUGGAGCUGCGUGAGGAGAGGGCCAGGGCGAUGGCGGCCCUCGAAGAAGCCGAGGAGAGAGCCGCGGCCUUGGAACGGCUCGGCCACGAAGCGGAACACCGUGCGAGAAUGGCCGAGCAGGAGAGGGACGAGCUGGCGUCGGCAUUAGCGGCUAUCGAGACGGAAAGGAGAACCCGAUCCGGCUCGAUACAGAAACCACCGCGGUCUCUGCAUGCGGAGAUGGAGUGCGAGGAGAGCAGCUCGCUUGGGGAGCAAGAAGACGGAGGUCUGAGGACGGAAGUGGCGAGGGCGACCAAGCGGCUGAGAGAGUUAUGCGCCCAUUUGAGACGCGGCGAGGACGACUCGGGUCUGCAAAGCGACUGCGACGAGUCUAUGCUGGUGAUCAAUCUCAACAAUUCCGAGGCGGAAGUGAGCACCAACGAGCGGGAGACUCAUCCUUCGCCGACGAAUUGCCCGGGUGCGCUGGUGGAGUUGGUCGAGGAGGUCUACAACCUCGCGCUGUCGGGGAGAGGGGCACCAGGAGAAUUGGGAUUGGCGGUGGAGCUCCACAGGGUGCGGGAGGAACUGGAGAACUCUCGGGAGCAGUGCAGGAUACAGGAAGAGGAACUGAAGCGACGCGGCGACACCGUUCUGGAGCUGACGAGCAAGUUGAGCGUCGGCGAGGCUGAAUUGCGUGGCGUCAGGGAGGAACGUGACAGGGCGAGGUGCGACAUCGAGCACUCCGAACUGACGAAGGACGAGAUCGUGGCGAAGGCUUACAAGGUGCGGGAUCAGGCGGUGGCCCGGCAGAACAGGGUAGAAGUGGAGCUGGCCAGGACGCGGAUAGACAUCCUGCAGGCGGACAGUCAGUUGAAGGAGGCGAUCAAGCAGAAGGUCGAGCUCAGCCAGCAGCUAGAACAGUGGCAGAUGGACAUGCAGGCGCUUUUAGACGAGCACGUGCGGAGCAAAUUGACCCCGGCCUCGCAGAUGGUCGCCACGAAGAACGGCGAGAACGCGGAUAUGUCGGCGCCGGCCAGGAAGAAGAGGAGCACCAGUUCGACAAAGAAGAUGUUCGGCCUAUUUUGACGAAAGUGACGCAGCGCAGUGACGUCGCUGCGUUGAGCCGAGCAAUCGCGACUGACGUAGAUCUAGACUUUUGACUUCUGUACAGCCAUUUCGCAUAAAGGGAACGUGGUUCCCUAACGGGUCGAAGAGACGAUAGCGUGACUUAAGAUAUAUCUAAGGACCGUUCAAUAGUACUCGGCCCAGUGGUGACAGCGUUCCAGAAACUUUGUGCUCUGCCGAACUCAUUCCAAGUGAUGUCAUUUGCAUCAUUCAUAUUGCGAUGCAGAGACAAGCAUCUGGACUAGUCUGAAAACUAGCGACUUUGUAUUAUUAAAAUUAGCAGCUCGAACCAGACUGGACUCGUCUGGACUCGUGCAAAUUUCGGGACCUGGCAUUCUCGGUAUGAAUGCAUUGAGAUAUCUCGGUGCACAACGCGUGCGAGAAACGUUGCUCACGGCGGGAGGCCUGUUACAUCGGUGCUGACGCUCGUGUCGAAACCGUAAUUUAAGUGGCGUCGUUCGCAGAAACAGGGACGUCCGACUUUCUACGAUUCCUCGACCAGGGAAAGUCGUGGACCGUUUUUCCCGAAACGUUCUCGCGCGACUUGACAUGCGUUCAGUAUUGUCGUCAUCGUAUUUUUCAUCUUCGUCUCGAUACGCGUGUUUUCUGUCGACCGUUUCUUAUCAAGUGGCUCGGUGUAAUCCGGCGGACUGUUUCAUUAUCGUUCACUUGAGUUCGUAGACUGUUGAUGCGAAAAUAGUAACGGCAUAAAAUGACGUUGUGACGCCGAUCGCUAAUAGAAUCAGCGAGGACAAGUCCGUCUUAUCGGAAAAAAGAAAGUCGUCGUUAAAAAAUGUUUCCUCCCCGCGAAAUUAACGUUCCGUGGCAAAUGACGUCUUUUCUCUUCGAUAGAUAAAUUUUCGAUACGUCUAACUGACGUUUCUAGCUCAGGGAAACUUUUCGCGGACGUCCUUCUAAUUUUGCUCUUUCAUCGCGUUCCUUCGCCCACGCUCGAAAGAUCGGAGGAACCAUUGGCUGCAAUCGAAACGAGAUUAACCGGACACGGUCUUUUGCUUCACGCGGGGAGGUACUAAUCUUUCGAAAGGUGACAAGAGAACGCCAAAGGUUUAAUGUCCCGGCAAGACUGAUUACGAUCGGCAGAGCGCAGCCGUUUUUUUCUCGCGCGCAAACGCGUCCCGUCAUUCUCAUCAUCGUGGAACGAAUCGUUCUCCACGGUAAGAACGAUCUCCGAGUGGAAACUCCUUAUUUCGAAACGAUCUCGCGAUCGGCUCGACAAAUAAUGAAACGGAGAGACACUCGAGCGCUCCUCGCUCCGUUUCAUUCGCGACGCGGGGAUAUCGAAUUCCUCUCGAGACGAAAUAUUGUGAUACGCUGUGUCUUACGUUAGAAUCGAAGGAGAACGUUGUGCGCCUUCCGAAGCGUCGCUUUUGUAAUAAAUUAACGAUCCUAUUAGAGAAUGAGAAAUUAAAAAAAUUUUUUUUUAAAUUUCAUUAACGAUUGUAAAUCGCGAAAGAUGGUUAGGUUACUUAUUAAAAAAAAAACCGUGCAUUUAUUGUGCACGGAAAUGCGUGUUCGAGGGUAGCCCCACGCACGAGCUUGGAUGACUUUCACUAUCGAAUUACCCGACCACGCAUAAUUACUGUCCGUCCACCGUUCCGUCCGACAGGACCAAGGAAUUAUUCCCGAUACAACGAGAAAUAACGAGGGAGGGAUGAUCAAGCGUUUGGAGAUGAAAGUCGAUCGAUCCAGCCGUGAUCAUUGAUAUUUUAACGCGACGAUAGUGCAAUAUCACUGGAAUAUUUUUACGAUAUUAAUCGAAUCGAUUGACUGCAACGGCGCUCCUUGAGGAUCCUGCGUUUCGGGCUCUCGCAGACAAUUGGUCCCGACGAGCAACGGCUGCGACGCGUUCGACGGCACGUGUGGUCCAUUCAUGUGUAGAGACACUGAACACGCGUGUGUACGUCGCACAUAGUGAAUCGUUUGUACAUUAGUUUCCUUCUUCUCUUUUCUUUUCUUCGGGGCGAGCGUACCGAUGAAACUGUAUGAUAAUUGUGUAUAAUUCUCGAUCUGAUCAACUGCGAUAUUUAUUGAAUAAAAAUCUGUUUUGCGAA